CAAAGAAUAAUUUAUCGUAAAAUUAGGAAAUUAAUUAAAAUGAACGAUUUGCCGAAAGAAUUUGAUCUUUGUGUAAUUGGCACAGGAUUCCAAGAAUCAGUAAUAGCUGCAGCAGCAUCAAGAGUUGGAAAAAGUGUCCUACAUAUCGAUCAAAAUGAGUUUUAUGGAGGUUUUUGGUCAUCUUAUAAUUUAGAAAAUUUUAUGAAUCAUUUAGAAGUAAAUAAAGCUGAAGAAACUGACAAGAUGUGUAAAAUAAGGAACGUGAAUCAGCAAUGGUAUGAAUUUACUGACGAAAUACCUGAAAUCAAUGAAUGGAACAAAGAGAAAAUCAUUAAAGACAGCAGACGUUUCAAUAUCGAUUUAAUUCCAAAACUCAAUUACUGUAAUGGAAAACUAGUAGAUUUACUGAUUUCAUCAAACAUAUGCAGAUAUACAGAGUUUAGAGCUGUCGAUAAAGUCCUUACAGCACGCAAUGGGCAGCUUGAUAUAGUUCCUGGAUCACGAGCAGAUAUAUUCACAAAAAAGAAUGUCUCAAUCGUUGAGAAACGACUUUUAAUGAAGUUUAUCACACAAUGUGUAGAAUAUAAAGCAGAUGAUGAAAAGAAGGAAGAGACUUUUGACUUUCCUGACGACGGGAAAUUUAUAGACUUAAUGAGACAACAAAAGCUGACUGAUAAUUUAAUUCAUUACAUUCUUUAUUCAAUGUGCAUGGGAAAUGAUGAGACAACUUUCAAGGAAGGACUUGAUAAAAUAAGGAUGUAUUUGACAAGUAUAGGACGAUAUGGAAAUACCCCAUAUUUAUUUCCAAUGUUUGGCUGUGGAGAAAUACCUCAAUGCUUUUGUCGACUAUGUGCUGUAUUUGGUGGAAUUUAUUGGCUUGGACAGCAUGUAUCCGAUGUUAAUAUUAUUGAUUCCGAUAAUGACGAAAAAGUCGUUAAAAUGAAAUUUGGUGAUGAAUUUAUUACUUCCAAAAAAUUGGUUUGUGGACUUGAUAGCAAUCUUUUAGACAUUAAUGCCUAUCCAACUAGUCAUAUCUCGAGGGCUGUAUUCAUAACUACAAAACCAGUCGGUGGAUCUUCUGUAAACAGUGAAUUGGACGGUGGUGGAGUUGUUCUGCUUUAUCAUCCAAUUGAAGGCAGUUCCGAUGGGGUUACAAUGAUUCAACUUUCUCAUUUUACAUCAUGCAUAUCUAAAGGACUUUAUCUCGUCCACUUAUCUACACCAUUCAAAAAAGGAGCACAAAAUGACCUUAAAGAUUUCGUAAACACUUUCUUCAGAGAAGAUUACUCAAGCGAUGAUGAUACUAAACCAACAGUAAUUUAUUCCGCAUACUUUGAAGUUCCAUCAAGCAUAAAAGGACACAAUUAUGUAGACUCUCAAAACGGACCAAUUUUCUAUUGUUGUGGAUCUUUUGCAGAGUUAGAUUACGAUGAGUCAAUACGUCAGUCUAGACUUCUUUAUUCUAAAAUGUAUCCAGAUGAUGAUUUUCUGCCAAAAGCACCGGAACCAGAAGAAAUUAUCAUAGGAGAUGAGGACGAGACAAACUCUAGCGUGAAUUUGGGUGCACUUGCUGAUUUGGUCAUCGAGAAUGAUAAAAGUGGAGAUAAUGAGGGUCAAGAGACAGUUAAUGAUGAUAUAAAAGCUGAAAAUGAACAUCCAGUGGAUGAAAAUAAGGAUACAGAGAGCACAAAUGAUAUUGAAAAGGCUUAAAAGCUUUUUUUUACUUAAUUCAUUAAAUGUUUAUUAAUCGAAAUUAUUAUUUUUAUGCUACAGUUUUUUUAAAUUAUUUUCGAGAAAAUAUAUGCUUGAUAAAUUACACAAAUUUGUUUAUAAGAUAUCCAUUAUUUUACUUUUAAAUCAGUCAUAAAAUAAACUCAAUACAAGAUAAAAUUUUUUAUAUAAAAUGUUCUUUUUUGGUUAACAA